AUGACUGACUCCCCGGGACGAGAAGUGCGGCUGAAAGUAGACACCGGCGUGCAGGCCAACCUGCUGCCGCGCGGUGUGUUUGACGCCCUGGGAACCAAGUGCCAACCGCAGCCGGCCCGAGCAGUACUGCGCAGCUACGGCGGUGAUGAAAUAAUGCAUAUGGGGAAGGUAUGCCUCCCAGUUCAGAUUGGAGAAGACACCAAGAUAGUGGAAUUCUUUGUUGUGAAGAAAGGUCGGCAGGCGAUCUUAGGACUGCACGCUUGCGAGCAGUUUGGUCUCGUGAACAGAAUUAGAGCAGUCAACAAGGAUGACUUAUCCGAGUGCAUUCGCAGAGAGUAUCCGAAGUUGUUUACGGGCAUCGGACUACUGAAGCGAGAAUACAGUAUGGCGCUCCAAGACGGCGCCCGCCCAGUCGUCGAGCCGGCGCGACGUGUACCUCACGCAAUUCGACCCCGGUUGAAAGAGGAACUUGAUCGUUUGGAGGCAGCGGGGAUCAUAGCCAGGGUGCGGGAGCCUUCUGACUGGUGGGAGCAGCACUUCUUCAGCAGCAUGGUACCGAGUGGCAACCGGUCGGCUAUGCGUCAAGAGUUUUGA